ACUCCGUCGUCUGCUAGCGGGGGUAGAAGGAGGUCUGGAAAUAAUGAGACCUAAUGGUGCGACCAUUUAGUGAGCAGUACAGCACGCCGCGCCAACACGCUCUGAUAGGUCGUGAACCGUCAACUCCUGAUACCUGUUGCAUUGUGGUUGCCAUGUGAACCAGAGUUGCUCCCUGGUACUGUGUCCUGGAAUCUUCUGUGACUGCGUUUAUAAUGAAAGUCAGUCAAAUAAUUGUGUUUUUUUAAAUACAUACGUGAUUUUAAAUAAUUAGUUGUUUAAAACUUACAAGUUGUUGGAUUCAGCAACAUUUGAACUUUUAGUUUCUAUUUCUGAUGCCCAAGUUUCUUAUUAAAAUAAAAAGGCAUUAAGGACUACAUUUAAGUAACUCAUUUCCCAUAAAAACUGGAGAUAAUGGCGAGUGACUUUAUGCAUAUUGUCGCGACGAUAGUGAUGUUUGCAGCGGUGACAGCUUUCAAUGUGGACACCAAGAACAGCCUCAUAUUUAAAGGACCCGUCAACAGUUAUUUCGGGUACUCUGUUGCCUUAUUGGCCAAUUCCAAGGGCACAUGGUUGUUAGCUGGUGCUCCGCGGGCCAAUGAUUCAGCCUUACCUGGAGUCCAUGAACCUGGUGCUGUCUUCCACUGUAACUGGCAAUACAGAAGCAGUUGUUUACCUAUUCGAAUUGAUGAAAUAGGAAAUGAAAAACAAACAAUCUACAAAGGAAAAAAUAUUACUAUUCACCACAACAAAAAUAACAUGUGGCUAGGAGCAUCAAUUGAUGUCAACAUCCAUGGAGAUUUCAAAGUGAUGAUUUGUGCACCUAGAUGGAAGGAUCAGAAGUUUUUGGUUCAAGAUUUAAUGCUGAUGAAUGGAUUAUGUUAUGAGGCAAAUAGAGAUUUAAAGUUUAAUGAAAAUAGUGCCUGGCCAGUGUUUGAAAAUUAUAAAAAGCAAAUUCUGAAGUCCUAUUUUGGCUAUGGCAUGGCCACUCUUGGAAUGUCUAGUGUCUACUCCAGGGAUGGUACAUUUGCUGUGAUUGGAGCACCUGGUCUUAAUGACUGGUCAGGAGGCUACGCACAUAUUGAGCCGCACCAUUCUAUAAAACCAAAAAUCCUAGAACUUGCAUGGGAAGCAGAACAUGACUCAUACUUUGGUAUGUCUGUCACCACAGCCAAAUUAAAAGCUGAGGAUGAAAUCACUUUUAUUAUCAUUGGUGGGCCAAGAGCUGGCGGGCAUGGCAAGGUGUUUGGUUACAAUACUGACCAACAACUGAUUCUGGUCAAAAUGGGAGAACAGUUGGGGAGUUCCUUUGGCUCUUCAGUGUGUGCUGUAGAUGUAAAUGGUGACAAAUUAGAUGACCUGGUUGUUGGAGCUCCACAUUAUUCAGACAAAAUGGAUGAAGGAAGAGUUUAUGUAUUUAUUAACAGAGAGUUUUUUAACUUAGAGCUGAUGGAACCACUGCUAGCAGGAUCUAAUGCUAUUGGUGCCAGAUUUGGAACAGCUAUUGCCAACUUAGGGGAUAUUAACUUGGAUGGUUACCAAGACAUAGCUGUUGGUGCACCUUAUGAGGAAGGAUCUGGUGUGGUUUACAUUUACAAUGGAGACAAAUCUGGAUUACGUUCUGUACCAUCUCAGAGAAUUGUUGGCAAAAGUCUUGGCAAAGACCUUAAGACUUUUGGGUGGUCAUUUUCUCGGCCAUGGGAUGUUGAUGGCAAUCAUUAUGCAGAUUUUGCAGUUGGAGCCUUUGAAUCAAAUCGAGUUGUUUUAUUAAGAAGUAGAUCAGUUGUAGAUUUAGAAGCUCAACUUGAAAUCAAUCCAACACUUCUAGACCUUAGGAGUCAUCCUAGUUGUAUGUAUCGUGGCCAACCCAUGCACUGUUUCAAAGCAACCAUCUGCUUGAAGUACACAGGCCAAAACUUGCCUCCAUUUUUGGAAAUCAACAUAACGUUAACAGUGGACACACUUGACCGUCAUAGAAAUGAAAGAUUAAGGUUGUUCAUCCAAGGAGAAGGCUACUCAGAAUUAGAAUCUGUUAAUGAGAUACUUGUCACAAGAUUGGACUACUUAAACUGUGACAGAAAAUUCUACAUUUUUGCAAGGAAAAGCAGAGAUGUUGUUACACCACUCCAGAUAAAUCUUGCCUAUGAUAUUUCUUCAAACUCAGUUGGCUUUGCUAGUCAAUGUGACAUUUGUCCAAUUCAAAACAAAUUCAAUCCAACAAAACUACACAAACAGGUUUAUUUUGCUCUGGAAUGUGGUGAAACUUGUAAACCAAAGCUCAGCAUCCAAGCGAUUCCUGUGUUCAAGAAUAAUGAAACUAGCUUGAUCAUUGAUAAUUCACCAUACUUUGACCUGGAGGUAAAUAUACUCAAUGCAGAGACUGCAGAUAUCUCAUAUCUGACUGUCACAACUUUGGACUAUCCAACUAGCCUGGAAUUCACCACUGCCAAAGAUGGAAAUGUCAAUGUUUUCUGUAGCUCUGCUCUACCAGGAUUUAAUAGGUCUAUGAAUAAGCUCACAUGUGAUAUUCUUUCACCUAUAAAGCCUGGACAAAAGGUGCAUUUUAGUGCCAGGUUUUAUGCCUUUGGAGUUUCAUAUGACCAACAUAAAAUGGCAGUCCAAGUACAAGUGGCAUCAGUUGCCAAUCAUGCAAAGGAAAAUAUUUCUUUAACUAUUCCCAUCAGAAUUAAGGCAAAAAUGAGACUUACAGGUGUGUCAAUACCAAGGCAAGUUACAACAUACCAUGAUCAGUCCAGGCUUCCUGUGGCAUCAGACUGGGUGUCCCUAUCACAUCUUUACAUACUUUCCAACUUGGGUCCAAGUCCUUUACCUCAUGGCCAGCUUGUACUGUCAGUGCCAACAUCUAAAUGGAUAAAGCUUUCCCGAGUUCAGGUUGAAUCUAAAACCAGUGGCAACUCACCAUCAAGGUUACCUAUUGAAUGUAACAAAUUAUCUGAUGAAAGUGGGAACAUUAGCCAAGAGCGAUGGCCUGAAGAAACAGGAACUAUUACAUAUCUGCAAUGUGAUAGUAUGUUGUGCACUAAUGUGACUUGCUACAUGGGCCACAUGCAAAAAUAUGAAACUGUUUAUGUCAAUCUAAGUAUUGAAAUUCACAAGAAUGUCCUGGAAAAAAUAAAGGCUGAUCAAAUUCUUCACUUUGUGAGUAUGUGCCAGCUACGUGAACCAAGUUAUUUGUCUUAUGAGUCUUUGACUCAAUCCUCCAAUGCUACGGUUUCAACAUUCAUAAUGUUCAAGUCAUUGCCUAGUCCAACUCUUAGCUGGUGGGUGUUGAUCAUCAGCUGUUCCAGUGGACUUUUAUUAUUGUAUAUUUGUGUAAUUCUUUUGUGGAAGUGUGGCUUUUUUAAAAGAAAAAGAAAGGAAGAAUUAGAAAUGUUGAUGAAAUAUUACGCGUCUGAGAGGGAAUUUCCUGAUACAGUUAGUGCCAGGUCAUGUGAUGUCAUGGUUCAGUCUUCAGCCAUUGAUUCAGAAAGAAGUCUACGUUGGCAUCACUUUCAGACUCUUCCUUCUCAAAGUUCAUUUUUCUUUUGUCCAGAUGAAGAGCAACAGCAUUUAUCUUACAAUGACAAUUAUUCCCUAGGUCAAAGUCCAAGCCAACACAAGCUGCUUCAUGACCUUUCACCUUUCCACACCUUACAGUACCAAAACAAUAACAAUCAUCGUCGAGGUGAUAGGCAUAAAGAACCUGGUGAAACAUCACAUAGCAGGUCUACGAGCAGCCUCCAGCCCAAUGUUUGGGUUCAGCCUCCAGCCUCUCCACCCCCGUCCUUCAACAACGAUCUGUAUUUAGAGCCUCUGGAGUCAAGAGCUUAGCAUCAGAAAAUAAUUUGUAAAACAGUUUAGGAAAUGACUUGAACAGCUUGUUCAUAGUUUAUUUUUGCAUGAAGGUUGCCUUACAUCUCUUAUUUACCUUACAAAGUGCAAUGAGGAAUUUUGUUGACAUAGUUAUCUUUGUGUUGCUCUUCUCA